UCCUGCUUUGCGUUUGUGUGGAAGCCCCAGUGUCCAAGCAUUCUUUUAUUUUUUAUUUUUUCUCACCAUUUUUCAGGGCAUUUUUAAAUCAGACAUAGCUGUUGUGUAUCAAGCCUAAAUGUGAAGUGCAUGUUUAGAAAGCAAACAUCAUAAGACAGUAAUUGAUAAAGUAUUUGAUAAAGUAAUUGUUAUGUUUGACAGUGCCAAACAUAAUAAAAAAUGGAUUCAACUAAAAAAAGGCUUAAAAAAAAUUCCAGUUACACUGAAGCCCACCUACUGUUCUGUUUUUUGUUUGAAUGGUUCAAAAUAUGUUGAGUAUCAGUGUUACGGCUGAUUCCGUAACACUGUUCCACAGUUUGUGUGAGGCAGUGUUGGCAAAUUCUGCCACUUAGGUCUCAAAAUGACUCUCAGUAGCAGCUAUGGUGUUAAUAUUUAAAGGGCGAAAAAAGUUUUAAUCAAGUGUUGAAAUUAUUCUUUCAGCAGUGAGCUGUAAAUGUCGUGAAGUUGGGUUAUGCCGGCAUGUGUCACAUGACUGCUUAACUAUGUGGUUGUGCAUAUUGUUUUGGUCUCCGGGAGAGAUGUGUCAUCUCACACUUGGUCUGGACACAAAAAAAGAAAGAAAGGAGGUUAAUUUUGACACUGGGUCUGGUUAGGUCACAUUCUCACAUUCUUCAGCAGUGACAACCAGGCUCUCUGUGGGUUGCCUUUCAACAGCCAUUCAGCACUGGGCUGAACCAGCUUGAUCUCUCGCUGUACGAACGUUCGAAUGUUCAGCACUUCGUUUGUGUUUACCAAUGGAAAACACAGCCUUAAAAUUUAACUUGUGUACAGGAAAUUAAAAAUAGAUCCAUGGCAUACAUUAAAUUUGAUUCAGUUAUGUAAAUAUAAAAACAAAUAGGGCCAUAAGAAAUUGCAUACAAAAAGAAAUACUGAUAUUUAUUUUCAAACGUAUUAACUGUAUUGGUUUCCUAAUUGAGAGAUUUAGAGUUAUCAUCUGAAUAGCCAGAGUUUAUAGGGACUAACUUGGGAGAGCAAGCCGUUAGUAAGCAAAAAUUAAGAUGAAGUUGCACCCAAGCAAUAUGUUAGACACUUGUCCAAAAACACAAUUUUUAUGGCUGAAUCAUUUCAGGUUACACUUGAGAGCCUUGCAUAAGAAGGCAGAGUUAUAGCUUGAUGAUGUGGUGGCUGUUUGUACCAUUAGGGGGCAGUGUAACAUUGUUUUCAUAUUCACCUUACUUGACAUGGAAUGCUAGCUGUUUACUCACAUCCAGAGGUGGGGCAGUAGACUCAUGCAUGCACAAAGCAAUCACAGUGACUCUGGUAGGUUUAAUGCUAACAGCCCCCUCAGCUGACUGCAGAACAGACCCUGGUUUCUGGUCCCUGGCCCAGUAGUUUUCCUGUUUUCUUCUGCUUGAAAGCAGACCAAGGCACAAAUGGGUGGGACCCAGAAUGGCCUAGGAACGCUGUACAUUGUUCUCGGAGUUUCCUCUUCCACAUUCCUGGGCUGAUUGGGAUCUGGGCCUCCUGUGCAGGGGUAUUGUUCUAACUCACCAGCACCACAGACCUGGCCCCAGCUAACCACAGCUGCCUCCACUGACCAUUGUGGUGCCCUGGCCUAAUGAUGGCUAUCUUUGCCAUAUCCAUUUCUCCCUUUCUCUGACUAACUCCUCUCUGCAUCUUUGCCUGGCAGUAGUCCUGAAACAACAUCCAUCUUUGCAACUUAAAACAGUCUUUUUCUCUUGUGCUUACAUUUGGGAUUAUAUUUUUUAAUAAUUUGUCAAGUUUUGUAUCUAGAUUUCAAAUUAUUCCUUUUGGAAACUUUUACCAGCCUAAUGAAUUGCAGCAUGCCAUAACUAAGGCAAUCAGUUUGGCAAGUAAGAUGAGAGGUCAGAUGGGCACACUUUGACAUAUUUAGCUACCUCACUCUUAUAUAAUUUCUUAAAGACUCAAAGGACUAUGUACACUAGAACUACAAAUUAGUUCCUGUGCCUUAGCAGACAUCUGUGGUCUCUAGUGGAAAUGGCAACUUAAAAGGCCUGCUGCACUUUAUAUGCAAUGGAAGCAAAAUGGUUUGAAGUUUCUGAACUAACAUUUCAAUUCCUGAUGUUCUUUUAAGUGAGGACAAAACAUUUUUGUGUCAGUUGUUUUUUCUGGAUUGUGAAGGUUUACGCUUUGAUAGAUUUAACAGUAAAUUAAUUCAAUUUUAUGACUUUUUAUAUAUGAAAAUGUUGAUGCCAGUGGAAAAAUUGAGUGAUUAAAAAAAAAUUAAUUAAUUGAUGUUUUGGUAGUGUAGUUUUGGGCACAAGUGUUAAUUAGCUACAGUCCCACUUUAACAAGUGUUCUGCUUGCUUGUCAAGUAGUCAUAUUGUAAACUUCUAAAGCUUGGGGUAUCUACUAAUUUUAGAUCAAGUGCUAAAAACAGCAGAGUGUGAUCACAAGUUGGCCAAACCAGAGAAACUGUUGCAUAAUGAGAUGUAAAAAUUCCCCUUUUAUUUAAUAUAAAUACAUAGGGCCAUAUUGAUGGGCCGUCUUAGACCCUUUAGUGUGUCUGGUGUUUCCUGCCACUACAAUAUUUACAUUCCUACUAUAUAGAGCCAGCUACCUUAUUUGUAUAUCAGGGUUUGUUUUUUUUUAUACCAUAUGCAGCCAAUGCAAGAACACAUUCAAGCAUAUUUGCGUACAUGCAUACCUACAUGCAUUGCUUUUUCAGUUAUAUUUACAGAAAGCACAGAGGAGAGAAACAGGAAGAGGAUGAUGUCUUUUACUUUUACUUCCUAUCUCUGCCUUUUGACAUAGUUUAUACACUACAACAAUUACAUCAUCUUGCUGUUGAUGUUUUCGCACACUGCAGUAGAGGGUGUAAACACUCCCUAACCACACUUACUGGUCUCUCAGAGUGCGUGUUUCCUUAUAAUCAUUAGUCGAACAAAGAAAAAAAUCUUUAAAGGCCACGGUUAAUUUUUGAGUAGGUUCGCCAUUCGUGUUUCAUAACAGCAUAAUGCUAUCAAUGUGGGCUAAUAUAGCAAAAAUUUGGUUUUGAUGUCAGCUUGGAGUAGCUCCCUCUUCUGUAUUGUACAGGGUUCUAGCAAACCUCGUUUGACUCGCUGGAAAAUAAUGGACUUAAGUUUUACAUCAGGAGGAAGAUGAGAACCCCGAAACUCAUCCAAGUGUGAGUGUCAGGCCCAGAAAACGGGGAGACUUUGCAUGUUCUCCCUGUACCUACCUGUAUGUUAGGUGUGAAAGUGAGUGUGGAUGGUUGUCCGUCUCUCUGUGUUAACCCUGUGAUGCACCAGCAAUGCUGCAGGUGUACCCUGCUUCUCAUCCUGACAGCAGUUGAUAGGCUCCAGCCCCCAACGACCCUGAAUUGGAUAAGUUGUUAGGAAGAUGGAUGAAUAAGCUUUUAAAGAUGUAAAGCAAGGUUUUAAAUCCUGUUGAGUACUUUAGUGCCAUAAACCUCUUUAUAUUAGAGUUGCUUAUUUCAUUAUUAAUAUUAAAGUGCUUAUUGGAGUCUUCAUUAGAACAGUCCCUUUAUCAUGCUGCUUACUGAUUGAUGAAACAGCAUAUAAUGUUCAACUUAAGCGUUUUAAUAUUUUUUUUGCACAUUAGUGCUGUGGCCAUCACUGAAAUUUGUGAAUGCUUCCAGCUCUCUGUUGCUGUAGAGCACUCACUGCAUUUGUAAAUUGAUGAUUUCUUUAGGCAGUGAGCUUUUGAGAGUCAGCACAGCAUAAGACAGCCUUACUCUGCAGCAAGGGAUAUUUGGAAGGGUUUGAGUUCACUGCAGGUACAAACUGUGCAGCCAAGCAGAGCACAGCAGUCUGUCAUCACCCUGUUUCAGACACCAGCACAGUUGAACAGAAGUGAAAGCAAGGGGAGGGGUGCUCUUGUUGUUUAAGCAAGUUAGCAAGAAAGCAAAUGAGCAUUUGUGCUUGUGCAUGAAUACUAAAAAGUGACACUAUUUCGACUUCAAUAAGCGCUAUCAGUAAAUGCAGGCAGGCGGGCGAGUGAAGCCUGCUCUAUGGCGCUUCCUUACUUGUUUUAGUCCCUGUCAAUCUUCUUCCUUCUCUUGUGGUGUUUCUCCUGUGAGUAACACAGGCCAGCAGGGUGUGGCUGGUGUCAUCGCUGUUGUGAUUGGCUAGAGGCCCAAGCUUGUGUUAUCUCCUGUGGAACAUGUUCUAGUCCCACCCCAGAUAGUGCCUGGCACUCAAAUAUAGCCCUGCCUACUUGCAAUUACAUCACAGCCUAUGAAAAGAUCCAUGUCUUUUUGCUUUCUCUUUACACUGUCAACAGACAGGUAAUGUGCAGUGUAGAAAGUUUCUCACUCUGUCAGGUUAACUAGCUACAGUUGGAGCUCUCUAUAUAGCUUUAGAGAGCCUGACAGAGAGUUUCUGUGUUGCUCUGUAAGGGCCCACAGCUUAAGAACUUUACAGUGAGUGCACGUCUGACGGCUACAUGUAGGUUGCAGCUCGCUAUAAAGACUACCUACUCCUCUGUAAAUGGGGCACGUGAAACAGGCAGGUAAUUUGUGUCAGAAUGGCGUGGCACAGGCUACUGGACUAUGCACCAGAGUAAAAGACCUAAAGUCUCAUCGACCAUGGAUUUUCUAAAGAGCCUGGUUCCAGCUGUGAUCUCAGGUGAGGGGUCUGCUGAACAUGGGGGAACUGAACCCAGGGAGCCAGGCCCACGGCUUCUCCGGGUGAAAAGACUGGGCCUGCUAACCAUGGGACAGACCAUUGAAGAAGAUCUGGUAGAUCCGGUUACAAAGCUAGAUGCUGGGAUAAGCUCCUCCAGACAUGCUCGCAGUAACCAUACCCGCCUUAAAGGAAAGAUCCAUCAUAUUAAAAAAGUCUCCUUUUUGAACCAUGCUGGUGAUGGCAGUGGUCACAAUGCUUCUGCACCAGUCAGCAGCAGCGUGAGUAGACGCCGUGCACCCUCCUCGGUGACCCCCCUCUCGUGGGAGAAACACAACAUCGCCGCCAUGUCGAGCAUCACCAUUGACCCUGAGCUCAAGCCCGGGGAGUUUGUCAUCAAGAGUCUAUUUGCUGAGUUUGCUGUGCUGGCUGAGAAGAAGAUCGAGAUGGUGAUGGCUGAACCGCUGGAGAAACCCCUGUCCCGUUCCCUCCAGAGAGGAGAAGACUCACAGUUUGACCAGUUAAUAAGCUCUAUGAGCUCAAUAGCAGAACACUGUUUGCCCUCCCUAUUGCGCACACUGUUUGACUGGUACCGGCGGCAGAGUGGCACUGAAGACGAGUCUUAUGAGUACAGGCCUCGCUCGAGUACUAAGUCUAAAGGAGAUGAACAGCAUCGGGACAAAGAUUACCUUCUGGAGCGUCGGGACUUAGCCAUAGAUUUCAUUUUUUGUUUAGUUUCAGUGGAAGUUCUAAAACAGAUUCCUCUUCAUCCAGUGCCAGAUGUUUUGGUACACGAAGUCCUAAACCUGGCAUUCAAGCACUUUAAACACAAAGAGGGGUACUGUGGACCCAACACUGGCAACGUGCACAUCAUUGCAGACCUGUACGCUGAGGUUAUAGGGGUUCUUACACAGUCAAAGUUCCAGGCAGUGAGGAAGAAGUUCAUCACAGAACUGAAGGAGCUCAGGCAAAAAGAGCAGAGUCCUCACGUAGUCCAAAGCAUUAUCAGUCUCAUCAUGGGCAUGAAGUUCUUUCGGGUUAAAAUGUAUCCUGUGGAGGAUUUUGAGGCUUCGUUUCAGUUUAUGCAGGAAUGUGCCCAGUAUUUCCUGGAGGUGAAGGAUAAAGACAUAAAGCACGCUCUUGCUGGCCUUUUUGUCGAGAUUCUCAUCCCCGUCGCUGCUGCGGUGAAAAAUGAAGUCAACGUGCCAUGCUUAAAAACCUUUGUGGAGAUGCUCUACCAGACAACAUUUGACCUUAGUUCUAGAAAGAAGCACUCUUUGGCUCUGUAUCCCCUGGUGACAUGCUUGCUGUGUGUCAGUCAGAAGCAGUUCUUUCUCAACAACUGGCACAUCUUCCUGCAAAAUUGCCUCUCACACCUCAAGAUGCCGUCUAACAACAGCAUCCGAAAGCAGAUUGAGACGCUGCAGAAUAAAGACCCAAAGAUGUCCCGUGUUGCACUAGAGUCACUCUACAGACUGCUGUGGGUCUAUAUCAUCAGGAUCAAGUGUGAGAGUAACACUGUCACGCAGAGUCGACUCCUCAGCAUCGUUUCAGCACUUUUCCCCAAAGGCUCGCGCAGUGUGGUACCCAGAGACACCCCCCUCAACAUCUUUGUCAAGAUCAUCCAGUUCAUAGCUCAGGAAAGACUGGACUUUGCUAUGAAGGAGAUUAUCUAUGACCUCCUGUGCGUGGGCAAGUCUCACAAAACCUUUACCAUCAAUCCAGAGAGGAUGAAUAUCGGUUUGCGAGCCUUCUUGGUGAUUGCUGACAGCCUACAGCAGAAAGACGGGGAACCUCCAAUGCCUACUACAGGGAUCAUCAUGCCCUCUGGCAACACCCUGCGUGUCAAAAAGAUCUUCCUCAACACCACCCUCACUGAUGAAGAAGCAAAAGUGAUAGGCAUGUCGCUAUACUACCCGCAAGUACGAAAAGCCUUGGAUAACAUCCUGCGACACCUGGACAAGGAAGUGGGACGCUCCAUGAGCAUGACUAAUGUACAGAUGUCCAACAAGGAGCCUGAGGACAUGAUCACGGGAGAGAGGAAGCCAAAGAUCGAUCUAUUCCGAACGUGUGUGGCCGCCAUCCCAAGACUGAUACCAGAUGGCAUGAGCAGACAAGACCUAAUAGAGCUUCUAGCCAAACUAACCAUCCACAUGGAUGAAGAACUGCGUGGCCUUGCCUUUACUACUCUUCAGGCCCUGAUGGUGGAUUUCCCAGAAUGGCGAGAAGAUGUACUCUCAGGUUUUGUCUACUUCAUAGUCAGAGAGGUGACUGACGUUCAUCCCACACUGCUGGACAAUGCAGUAAAGAUGCUUCUACAGCUCAUCAUCCAGUGGAAGCAGGCAGUGCAGAGCAGCAAUAAAAGCCACGAUUCACAGAGCUCAAGCAGUGGCCGUUCUCUGUCCUUGGAGCGUAACCUUCCUUUAGGUGUGGUGCAUGUGGUGGAAGGUUUGGCACUGGUGGUGCUUUGUAGCUGCCGCCCUGCCACGCGCAGGCUAGCAGUCAAUGUCCUCAAGGAGGUCAGAGCUCUCCAUACUGCACUGAGCAUUAGCAAGGGAGAUGAAGAACUGGCUAUUGAUGUAAUGGAUAGAUUAAGUGCAUCGGUGUUGGAGAGCUUCAUUCACCUCACAGGCGCUGACCAGACCAACUUGUUGUAUUGUCCCAGUGGGAUUGAUCUGCAGACGCUAGCAGAGUGGAGCUCCUCUCCCAUCAGCCACCAGUUUGAUGUAGUGAGCCCCUCGCACAUUUGGGUGUUUGCCCAUGUUACUCAGGGCCAGGACCCCUGGGUCAUCAGCUUAUCCAGCUACCUGAGACAGGAGAAUCUACCUAAACAUUGCCCCACCACCAUCAACUAUGCCUGGAUGUUUGCCUACACUCGCCUGCAACUACUGUCCCCACAAGUUGACAUUAAUAGCCCCAUCAAUGCAAAGAAGGUCAACAGUCUGAACAGCAGUGACUCCUACAUUGGUCUUUGGAGGAACUACCUGAUUCUCUGCUGCAGCUCUGCCUCUCCCUCCCCUUCCAUGUCUUCGUCAUCCUCCACCUCUGGCUCCGUCCGCUGCUCCCCGCCUGAGACGCUGGCGUCCACGCCGGACAGCGGCUACAGUUAUGAUUCAAAGAUUGUUGGCACUCCGUCCCCCUCCUCACUUUUCAAACACAUUGUUCCAAUGAUGCGCUCUGAGAGCAUGGACAUCACCGAGUCUCUUGUGCUGGGGCUUGGCAGGACCAACCCCAUGGUCUUCAGAGAAUUGAUGGAGGAACUAAAUUCCAUCAUAAAGGAAGCUCUAGAGAGAAGACCUGAAAACAUGAAGCGACGCAGGCGUCGUGACAUCCUCAGGGUCCAGCUGGUCCGGAUAUUUGAGCUACUUGCUGAUGCUGGUGUCAUCAGUCAAGUGGCAAGUGGAGGGUUGGAUUCAGAGAGCCAUUCUCUGAAUAGUACGCUGCUCGAGUAUGUUGAUCUGACCAGGCAAUUGCUCGAGGCUGAGAAUGACAAAGACUCGGACACUCUGAAGGACAUUCGCUGUCACUUCAGCGCACUUGUGGCCAACAUCAUUCAGAAUGUCCCAGUGAACCAGAGGAGGACCAUCUUCCCCCAGCAAUCACUGAGACACAGUCUGUUCAUGCUGUUCAGUCACUGGGCUGGGCCCUUCAGCAUUAUGUUCACACCCUUGGAUCGUUACAGUGACAGAAAUAUCCAGAUCAACCGCCAUCAGUACUGUGCACUAAAGGCCAUGUCUGCAGUGUUAUGUUGUGGACCUGUAGCUGACAAUGUAGGGCUCUCCUCUGAUGGCUACCUCUACAAGUGGCUGGACAAUAUCCUGGAUUCUCAGGACAAGAAGGUUCACCAGCUGGGUUGUGAGGCUGUGAUGUUGCUACUAGAACUGAAUCCAGACCAGAGCAACCUCAUGUUCUGGGCUGUGGACCGCUGCUACACUGGCUCCCGUCGUGUAGCUGCCGGCUGCUUUAGGGCCAUUGCCAAUGUCUUUCACAACAGGGAUUACCAGUUUGACACUGUGGUGCUGCUCAACCUGAUUCUGUUCAAGGCGGCUGACUCUUCCAGGGAAAUCUAUGAACUGUCCAUGCAGCUGUUACAGAUCCUAGAGCCCAAGCUUUUCCGUUAUGCCCACAAAUUGGAGAUUCAGCGGACUGAUGGCAUCCUGACCCCUCCCUCACCGCUGCCACACCUCUACUCUGUGUCUUACUACCAGCUGUCUGAGGAGCUUGCAAGGACUUACCCAGAGCUCACUUUGCCCAUCUUCUCAGAGGUGAGUCAGCGUAUCCAGACAGCACAUCCUGGUGGUCGUCAAGUAAUGUUGCACUACCUCCUACCUUGGAUGAAUAAUGUGGAGCUUGUUGACUUCAAACCAACUCCACGACGACCAGAGGACUGCUGCAGUGGCGAGGAUGAUGAGGAUGUGAAAGACCGAGAAAUUAUGAUGGUCAAUAGCCGUCGCUGGCUCCGUGGAGAGGGCUGGGGAUCCCCUCGUGCUACAACCAUGGUGCUAAACAACCUCAUGUUCAUGACCGCUAAGUAUGGUGAUGAGUUUGCGUUGUCAGAGAUCGAGAAUGUCUGGACUACAUUAGCAGAUAGUUGGCCAAAGAACCUCAAAAUCAUUCUUCACUUCCUCAUCAGUAUGUCUGGAGUCAGCAGUGACCCCAGCCUCUUGCCCUAUGUGAAACGAGUGGUGGUUUUCUUGGGCAGAGAUAAGACUAUGCAGCUGCUGGAGGAGUUGAUGUGUGAGCUUGAGUUGACUGAUCCUGUCAGCUCAGCUGUCACUCACAUGGACAACCCCCCUUAUUAUCGCAUCAGCUCCAGUUACAAGAUUCCUUCAGUCACCUCAGGAACAACCUCCAGCAGCAAUACCAUGGUGCCAGGAAAUGAUGCUCAUCAUGACAGCAAGAUGAAAGACUCAAACAUGGAUGACAGUUGCACACACCUGGAUAUCUACAGUGGUCUGAAUAGCAACCUGAACCGCCACCACCACCGUCUGGAAUCUCGUUACAGCAGCAGCUCUGGAGGCUCUUAUGAAGAUGAGAAGAGUGACUCCAUGCCGCUUUAUGCUAACUGGCGAUUAAAAGUGAUGGAUCACAAUCAGCCAGAGCCUCUUCCCUUCCCACCAACAGGAGGCUGCUGGUCCCCUCUUGUGGACUAUUUGCCAGAGACAAACACACCUGCCGUACCUCUCCACAGAUGUAACAUUGCAGUCAUCCUACUCACAGACCUCAUUGUUGACCAUGGGGUCAAAGUAGAAUGGAGUGCCUACCUACAACUCCUGCUACACGCAGUUUUCUUAGGUUUAGAUCACCAGCACCCAGAGGUCUAUGAGCACUGCAAACGCCUGCUGCUUCACUUGCUCAUAGUUCAGGGUGCAAAUAGCAGUGUUCAGUCUGUCGCUAUGGUGCUUUUACGCAACAGAGACUACAAUGAUCCAAGGGUCCUGACUGUAAAGCCUGUAGCUCAAGAGUUCAACCUCACAGGAAUACAGGAGCUUUUGCCAGAUUGUCAGCCAUCACCGAUGACAGACUCUGGCCUCAGCUCGAGCUCGACGUCGUCCAGUAUAAGCCUUGGUGCAGGGGCCAGUGCUGUGUCCCACCUCUCUCCCACGCUUCUAAGUGAAGUAGAUGUCACUGUUGAACAUGACGAGAAGGCCAAAGCUCUGAUUGAGUUUAUAACUUCAAGAAAACGCGGUCCGCUCUGGAAUCACGAGGAUGUGUCACCUAAGAACUCCAACAUUAAGAGCGCUGAACAGCUGAGUGCUUUUGUCAGACAUGUGGUGACAGUCUUCAAGCAUUCCCAGACAGGUUUCCAAUUGGACUCAUUGCUGAGUGAAGUAGCUUUAAGGUCAGCUCUAUCUUGUUCUUCUCGCCACUAUGCCGGUCGCUCUUUCCAGAUUUUCAGGGCACUCAAACAACCUCUGACUCCUGCCACACUGUCUGACAUUUUGUCUCGGUUGGUUGAGACUGUAGGAGACCCUGGAGAGGAAGCUCAGGGCUUUGUCAUUGAGCUUCUCCUGACGCUGGAGUCUGGCAUUGACACACUAGCAGACACAGUGAAAAACUAUGAUCUCCUCACUGCCUUAGCACAAACCUCCACCCACGACCACUUGUUGGGGGCCAAGUUUGCUGCCAACAGGAAAAGCACAGGCCAGCUGAAUAUGAACAGUAGUGGUCUGUUACAUUAUGUCCACACUCGCAGCAACUCUCUUCGAGCCAGCCUGAUGAUGGGUGAACGAAAAGCUGACAGGCGUCGGAGUAACACCCUGGACAUUGCUGACCGACUUGGUGGCAGCUAUGCAAACCUGGCUCGCACACGGAGCUUAUCAUCACUAAGCAGAGGAGGUCCAGGAAGUCCAGGAGGGGACUCUAUGCCACCUGUGGACCCUUCAAAUCUGAUGGCCACGGUAUUCUGGAUCGCCGUGUCAUUGCUCGAGUCAGACUACGAGUUUGAGUACUUGCUGGCUCUGCGACUGCUCAACAAGCUGCUGAGCCAGCUGCCCCUGGAUCGUGCGGACAGCCGAGAACGUCUGGAGACUGUCCAAAACAAGCUGAAGUGGUACAACUUCCCUGGUCUGCUGCAACUCUUCCUGAAGGGCUUCACUUCUGCUGCUACUCAGGAGCUAACCAUCCACCUGCUCAGUAAGCUCAUCAGUGUCUCCAGACAAACACUGGUAGACCCUUCACAAGUAGCAGGUUUUCCUCUGAACAUCCUGUGCCUCCUGCCGCAUCUCAUCCAGCACUUUGACAACCCCACUCCUUUCUGUAAGGAGACAGCCGAUAAGAUCGCCAAAGUGUGUGCGGAUGAGAAGUCGGCCACACUGUCUAACCUGGCCCAUAUGAUGAGCCUUUACAGCACACACAGCUACUCCCGCGACUACACCAACUGGAUCAACGUGGUCUGUCGUUACCUCCAUGAUGCCUUUGCAGAGAAAACUUUGAAUCUGGUCACUUACUUGGCUGAGCUGCUAGAGAAGGGUCUUCCCAGCAUGCAGCAGUCCUUGUUACAGAUCAUCUAUAGCUUGCUGAGUCAUAUUGACCUGUCAGCAGCUCCUGUCAAACAGUUCAACCUUGAGAUCAUGAAGAUCAUUGGCAAAUAUGUUCAGAGCCCACAUUGGAAAGAGGCCCAAAACAUUUUGAAGUUGGUUGUAUCCCGUUCAGCCAGCCUUGUUGUUCCAGAAGAUGUGCAACGCUCCUACAGUUCUGAGUCCUGCAGCUCACCAGAAAUUGCCUUCACGCGCAUAUUCAACAACUCUUCCAAAGAGCUGCCUGGGAAGACUCUGGACUUCCACUUUGACAUCUCAGAGACACCAAUAAUCGGGCAUAAAUAUGGUGAUCAGCGUACUGCAGCAGGCAGGAAUGGAAAGCCACAGGUGAUUGCUGUCACAAGAAGUACCUCCUCUACAUCAUCUGGAUCUAAUUCCAAUGGGCUGGUCCAAGUAAGCUGGAAGAGGCCACAACUCUCUCAGAGAAGAACCAGAGAGAGGCUGAUGAAUGUCCUAUCUUUAUGCGGUCCAGAAUCGGGCAUCCCAAAAAAUCCAUCUGUAAGACUCCUCUCCUACUCUAAAGCUUCAGAUAAGGUGGUAUUCUCAUCCAAUGAGGACCUGGACUCUGCAGACCAGCAGACCAGUCUUAUCCCCACAGUGGAGGAGGCCGUCAGAGAGGAGGAGUUGCAGGGAGAGGAUACAGGCAGUGAGCAGCAGUUUGGAGUCUUUAAGGACUUUGACUUCUUAGAUGUGGAGCUGGAGGAUGCUGAGGAGCUGCAGGGGGAGAGCAUGGACAACUUCAACUGGGGUGUGCGGCGUCGCUCCCUGGAGAGCAUGGACAAAGGGGACACGCCGUCUUUGCAGGAGUGCCAAUACACGGGCAGCACGCCAAGCCUCAACCUCACCAACCACGAGGACACAGACGAAUCGUCUGAGGAGGAGGUAUUGAGCGCUAGCCAGAUUCUCACCCGCUCUGGCCUUCUCAACAGUGAUUCUGCUACGGAUGACACUGCAUCCAACCAUGUGGACUCUUUGCAGCAGUCCCAAGAGUCCUCCAGCAGUGCCAUGACGGAGGAGGCAACUGUCCUGCCCACUCUGCCCUCUGCACCCUCCCUCCCUCGACUGGAUAGUCCCAUGUUGGAGAUGACCCACUCAGACAGCACCAGCAGUCAGCUGCCUGAGGAUGCUAUAAGCAUGACGGCGGCUGACGAGCUGAGCAGCAGCGUGAGCGAGGACACGGGGUUUUGCAGCGCCCCCCCUUUGCCCUCUGACCCCCAAGAGAUGUGUGACCUCCCAGACUCACGGGACCCUCAGGAUGCUCAGGAUCACCAGGAGACUCAAGACCCUCAGGAGGACUUGGAUCCAGCCCCCCCUCCCCCGCCGGCCAUAGACACACCACCAGGGCUCCUUUGUGAGGACGAGUCCCAAACGGUGCUGCCUCUUUGUCUGCCAUCAGAGACGAAGCAGGAUGCAGAUCCAGAUCCAGACAGCACCUGUGGGUCUGUGUGGGAAGAAGAUGUGACACAGGCGCUGAAAGAGCUGGAUGAGCGCUGUGAGGAGGAAGAGGCGGAUUUCUCUGGGAUGUCCAGCCAAGAUGAAGGUGACGCAGACGGCUUCCCAGAGAUUCAGGCCUCUCCACCCCCUUCGCCCUUCCUCUCUGCCAUCCUGGCUGCAUUCCAGCCAGUUGCCUAUGACAAUGACGAGGAUGCUUGGCGUUGCCAUGUCAACCAGAUGUUGUCAGACACAGAUGGGUCCUCGGCUGUUUAUACUUUCCACGUGUUUUCCCGACUCUUUCAGAGUAUUCAGAGAAAGUUUGGCUCCAUUACACAUGCAUCUGUUCGCUUUCUCGGGGAAAGGCUCCAACGAAUGGGUAAUCAGUUCCUUAGCUCCUUGGAAGUCAUGACGUCUCGCUCGCAGUGUCCCACUGUGUUGCUGGAUGCAGAGACGCUGGUCUCUUGUGGACUGUUGGAGACUCUGAAGUUUAGUGUGCUGGAGUUACAGGAACACUUGGACACCUACAACGCCAAGAGAGAAGCAGCAGAGCGUUGGCUCGAGAACUGCAGGAAAACAUUCGGGGACAAAGACAGCAGCCAGCGACCCAAUACUCAUGCACAGCAAAUGGAAAAUCUAGCAGAGCUCGAGUUAUGUCGGAGGCUCUACAAAUUGCACUUUCAGCUGCUGCUGCUGUUCCAGGCCUACUGCAAGCUCAUCAGCAGGGUGGACACCAUCAAGAGAGAGGCCGAGGUUACCAACAUGUCCGACGAGCUCACUAUCUUAGAGAGCUGCCUGAAGGAGGCGGAAACAGGAAAUGAUGGUCAGGAGGAUGUGUGCAUGCCAGACAAUGCCCAGACGAACACCGAGACAGCCAUACAGUCACUGAUUGAAACCCUGAGAGCCAGAGACUUCAGCUCUGCUCUCACACAAGUCAAAAUCUUCAGAUCUCUGUGGCCCAACGACAUCUUCGGCAACGAGACGGACAACGCGGUCCAGACUCUUCUACACAUUUACUUCCGUCACCAGACGCUGGGUCAGACAGGCUGCUUGGCGGUCGUAGGCCCCAGCAGAGACCUGUCUCAGGCUAGCAGCCGCCUCAUGGAGCUCAACCUGCAGAUCCGUGAGGCUCUGAGUCAGGCGCAGACCUGCCAGACCCACACCGACAUAGUCAGCACCGGACUGUAAGCCUGAGGCACUGCAGGCUGGACUAGACUGGACAAAAACACCCCUCUCCUCUACACCUCCCCUCAGCUGGAGUGUAGACGGUGAGGGGCGGAGGACAAGAGAGACUCCACCUAUAAAGGGCUAAAGGAUGCGUGGGAAUAACUGUGACUCUUAAUAUAUAUUAUUACAUGUAUGAAUGCUUAAAGCUAAUAUCUUUUCCCAGACUAAGCCAACUCGCAAAAUUCAGUUGCAAUAAGUCAUGUGGUGGCGUGCCUGGGAAAGAAUAAGAGAGGGCGCUGUGGGACGAUAACUUUUUUUGUUGUUGUUGUUGUUAUUUGUUUUUCUCUUUUCGCUGGAUCUGAUCCGAGGGGCCCCGUCGUACCGAACGGAUGCGCUCCUCGGGGUCUGGACUGGGAGUCGGCGUCGAAGCCUGGGAGGCAGUCCAGAGGAGGUGUCGUAUGUGUGAGGACGCACCAUCAAGAUUCAUAAGCAAACUCAGAAAGUCUUUGAGAAACCGAAUAGUUUUCAAACGCAUGCUGAAAGAGAAAAAGCACUGCAAGAAUAUUUUUUUGAGAAAUGUAUUUUUUAUUAGAGCUAACAUCCUAGGUUGUAAAUGUUAGGAUAUUUAACAUGUUAACCCUGUGGGAGACGUUUACCUUCAGGGAGUGUACAAAGAGAAAUAUAUCUGUUUAUUGAUCUGCUCUGAGAGGAGAGUCCCCUUCAACAGGUCUUCACGCAAAACUCACUCUUUAACCAAAUAAGUAGAUGCCUUUAGAGACUCUUGACUGUGUGAUUAUAUAUUGGAUAUUCUGGUAUACGCUCACACACAAAAAUGCAUAUAAUUGCACACAAGUGCGGACUGGCUACAGCUCAUUAUGGAAACAUAACUUAUUUUACUCUGUAUAUAUUUUAGAAAAUGUAUAGUGUAAAACCAGUAUUUUUUUUUUUUCCCCUUGUACUUUUGUGUAAUGCACUGUUCAUCCGAUUAGGAUGUCUGUAUAAAGCUAAUGUGAUGAGAAAGCCAGAAACAGGUUUGAGUCAUUAAUGGUCCGCUCCACCUUUAGUCAUCCAAUCAUACAAAUUUCCCAAAGGCUGCCUUGGUUGGUGGUUGUGGUUUCAAAAGAGGGAAGCGAUGCUCGUUUGGGACAAGCCACCCGUCCGCCUUUGGCGGCGAUGGAAUGGGAGAUCAAAACAAGCCUCCAUCUCCUCUGCUGGACCCCACCAACCCAGCCAAGCCCCACAUACAUAUGCAUUCCUUGUCUCCACUGUGAUCUUUUUGUUAGCAGCGUAGGCUCUGCUUAAAGCCUUACGAGGGAGGAGAUGAGGUUUGAAUCUGUCCAUGUAGGUCGAUCAUGUUGCAAAGCGGCGCUCAUCCACUGCUGCGUUUUGAUCCUGUUUAUUUAUUUUCUGAGGGGAAGCGGGUGUCUGUACUCUCACAAUGCCCCUACUUGCUGCUGUGACUGCAGGACAUGAACCGUUAUCUGAAUGCUUCUUGGACAGCUUGUCAUGGCACAUUGUAACAGUCACUGUACUCAUUCCUCAGAGCUUCUCUUUUUCUCCUCCUGCUUGUCUGGUACAUAUGAAUGCUGUUCUUAUUUAAUGAUUAUUUACCUGGAAGAUAUUUUAAUGUAGAGCUGCAUUAUACAUUUUUUCCUUGUUCACUCAUACCAGCCUUUUCUGGAUCAAUAAAAACCUUACAGAAUGAUCUUGAUCUUCAGUUAUUAAAAUUGAAAGCACCAUC